UUAUGUUUUGAUCAGGAAUGUUUUCACAAACUGUCAAUAUUUGCCUCCUUCUGAUUCACAAAACCCUGGAUCAAAUCUGUCCGAUUAUUCUCAAUAGUGUAUAGAAUUUCUAGAACACGAUAACUUUUGAAGACAAGCCAACACAUUUGAGAAAGUGGUAACAACUGAUGGUAUAAAAAAGUUCAGAUCUCGAAGUGUUGAGGUGGCAGAAACUUUCUAUACCCAUACACAGGCCAUUGUCAUUGUGUACAUAGGUCGUGUGUACAUGGCUUUGGAUGCAUGACACGCUGGCAUCUUGGUGUUGGAGGUUAUUGAGUGGCGAUUAAUCCGGAUAGGUUGAAUUCAUAAUAUUGUGACAUUUUCCACCCCCGGCUGUUGAGAUGGCAGUUGAGGCUACGCUUUCAUCUCGACAAGGCGAGGACAUUCUGGACCUUUUAUUUGAUAACGAUGGUGGGAUUCUUUCCGUAGACAUGAAGCAGUCGGAUCAAGAUGCAUUUGGAUUGUCUGAACUGGGAAAUUUUGACACAUAUUCAGAAGAACUAUUCACGUCUUUGCUAGACACCGACCUUCAUGGUUCGAACCAGUACCUCCCUGGAGAUCAGAGUCUCGGCUCACCUGGACACAGUGAUAGUGGGGUGUCCUCCGGUGGUCCAGUAUCUCCUCCAGAUAGUCUCCACUCGGCAAAGAGUCCUGGGGAACAGUCUGAUGCAACGCUAGAUGAUUCAACACUCUUUGGGACAGAGGAUUCUGCACAAUUCUUUGGGACAGAAGAUUUACAAGUGAUGGACACAAUUUCAUUUGAGACAUUAGACACAUCUUGCCUUGGGAUUGAUGGUAGUGAUGAACCUACUGAGAUUGGACUUGAUGCGUCUGUUUAUGCGGAUGUCUCAAUUGUUGACAUGGGUAUGAAUAUCGAAACGGUGACCAGAUUGCAAAAGGAUGUGUCGUCAUCUGAUGAAGACUUUACAACAUCAACCGGGACAGUCCCUCAGGUGAUCAAAGUGGUUAAUAACAAUGACAAGUCUGGUUUGCCAUUCACUAUGCAGGAUGUACAGAAACCUUUCCUCCAGCUUGUGCUGACAGAUGAAGAGAAGGUUCUCCUGCAGAAGGAAGGUGUCUCACUGCCAACAGAUCUACCUCUCACCAGGGAUGAAGAACGGGCCCUCAAAGCUGUCAGGAGAAAGAUACGAAAUAAGAUUUCAGCCAAAGAAAGUCGUAAGCGAAAGAUGGAGUACAUGGGUGGUCUGGAGGGCCGGGUUAAAUCCUGCACGCAGCAAAAUCAUGAAUUACAGAAGAAGGUCAAACAUUUAGAAAACCAAAAUCAGUCACUAUUGCAACAACUGAAGAAGCUACAGUCCCUGUUCAAAGUAACAACAGCCAGUCGGCCCGCACAAGCGAGCACGUGCAUGUUGGUCCUUGUCAUGUCCUUUGCCCUGCUUAUAUUCCCAAGCAUUAAUCCAUUCUCGAGAAAUGAUUCGCUACCCCAACUGAAGGUUAACCAUCAGCCAAUGAGAGGUCGCUCGAGGAGUCUGCUGCACGACAACGAAGUUAUCAGUGAUCAAGAUAACCCCUACGGCAUCAGCUUCAAGCCAUCGCCCCCGUGGGAAGUGCCUCCUAAAACACCCGCCAUACAUCCACCCAUGUACUCAGAGGCCAAGGAACAUAAAGACAAUGAGACCAAGUCUGACAAUGACAAUGACACUGAAAGUGAGAAAAAAAAUACCGAUAUUCAUUUGGAAAUUGUCGAGAGGAAGUCGGAAAGUAACAAACUUGGUGAAUCUUCAGACAUUGACAAUUCAUUAGAAAAGACCAAGUCUGGUGGUGAAAGUUCAAACGUUCCUUUUGUUAGUCGUGGUGAAGAGGAUGAAAUAAACAUUCAGGGAGAACAUGUGGAAUCUGAUCAAAUCGCAGAUGAUGUAAAAAGUGGACCAGAUGUUCCGAUGGAUAGACUUGAUCUUAAUUCAAAUGACCUCCCAGUCAAGAGUCAAGAACAAGUGAAUUCAGCGAUUCUAGCCGAUGACACUGUCAACCAUGCAUCAAAAAGAGACCUCUGAUUCUAUUGUGUGACCUGGAAAAUAUACUGUUUUAAUUUGAAUAACUCUUGUACAAAAGACUGGUAUCUUAAUUGUGAGAACUUUUGAAUUGAUCAUGGACAAAAUAUCAGGAAGUCUGUUUUGAAGUUCAGUUUGCAAAAAAUGCGGUACAAUAUCAUAAUGAGUGCAGGUUUGAUUUUAAACAUCCUACAUGUAGUAUAGGCAAGAUUUUUAGUCUCGGUGAUGUAGGAGAGUCCACAUCGUUUUUGGUCCACAUGUAGGAGAACAACCUCCUGGUGAACUUUCUAGUUCAAUAAAUUUCAAGCUUAGGCAUGAUUUAAGCUCAGCAUGUUUGUAGAAAUUAUGAAAAAUGAAAAUUGUUAACUCAGCUAAUCGAAGCAAACUCUUCUGAAGAGGUUUUUUUGAGUUGACUUGGUACAUCUUUCAUACUUUUGAAUAUAAAGAAAAUUGCAUGAAAAAAAACCACAGUAUUUUCUAGGUUAUUUGUGGCUUGAAUGGUGGUGCUGCUGCCUUGAUGAUGCACAGGCAUGUGUACUUUUGAUAGUAGUGUCUGCCUUAGUUUGUGCAAGUGUGAAAAUUGUUGUCUAUUGUAGUUGUAAAUACUGGGUUAUGUGUGCAAUGGAGGGAGGGGGACGAUGUCAAGUACUUGUAAAAUUUUGGGUGUAUACAAAUUAGGGAACAAUUCAAAUCUGACCAGUCUGCAAAGAUUCUUCACAAUGAUUGGAAAUGAAGUGUUUCAUCAUAAAGUGAGAAAUCAAAUAUAGUCGAACCCCCACCCCAUCUGGUCUUCAUUGAAUACAGUAUUUGCUGCUUUCAAAUGAAUUAGAGCACUUAGCAAUAAACUGUCAAGUGUUCAGGGGUAAACAAAAUUUCUUUAUCAUGUUGAUAACCAAUUGAUAGUGACUAUCUACAAUGUAUAAUAUUCUCCUGCAAAGCAGUUUACGAGACAUGGUAUGGAUUAAACUCUCAAUUCGAAUUGAGGAGCUUCUUGUUUGCUUGUUUUGUUUACACAAGAUUUUAUUUUUGUAUGCAAUCGUCAUCUCAGCAUGACUGAAACUGUGAGAUCUGUUAUGACGAGUAGAAAAUGAUACUCGUCCAACUGGAUGGAUUGGUUUAGGUCAUUUCUGGCAAACUUUUGGGGUAUUUUCGUUCUCGGUCAACCUUGUUUUGUUUUGAUCAUGAAUUUGUGCCCUGCAUGCCUCUACAAGAUGUUAGGAGCAGUGUUGCAAUUCUAAAUGGAUUUUUUCCAAAUAUCGGGAGAGAGAAAACGUAUAUGCAGUUAAGGACGCCCUAUUGUGAUCCCCAAACUGUUUGGAUGAGCCCCAUUAUUUGGAAGACCACUUUCACAUGUAUCUAAUGUACAUUUGUAGUGUUGUGCAGGUAGCUCUGCUCAGUUGUUGAUGUAGUUCUCACUAUCGUGCAAAUUAAAGACGGUUGUAAUAGAAGUACUA